GAAACCUCGCCAUUGGGUACCAGGCUUGUUUUUGGAAUCUGGCGGGGUGUUGGGGAGACAGCGGCACCUUUCUCGGGAAGCUGGAGGCGUGGGCUUAAAAUGUUCUCCCAGGGUCAGGGCAGCCUAUAGGCGUGGAGAUCGGGCUUGUUUUGACUGUGGGGUUAUGGGACGAUUCUGACACGUCCCUGGGAGAGAGGUGGAUUUAGAGUGUUCACAGGGAUGGAGCAGCACCAGAAUGGACGCAGGAAGGAAGCCCUGGUGCUGUGUCCGGAUUCUGCAGGGGAAGUUUGCCGGGACCCUGGCCCCAGCUAGCCAGUGGAAUGUCAGCCACACUGGAUCUGAAAUCGAAAGAGGAGAAAGAUGCCGAGUUGGACAAGAGGAUCGAAGCUCUUCGGCGAAAGAACGAAGCCCUCAUACGGCGCUACCAGGUGCCCUAGCCCCGCCCUGGGAGACCCCAUCCCCUCUCCUCCCCGCAGAGAUCGAGGAGGACCGUAAAAAAGCUGAACUCGAGGGAGUAGCGGUGACAGCGCCCCGGAAGGGCCGCUCGGUGGAGAAGGAGAAUGUGGCCUUUGAGGUGGAGAAGAACUUGGGUCCCUCUCGGAGGUCUCCUGGGACCCCGCGGCCCCCGGGGGCCAGCAAGGGAGGCCGGCCCCUCCCCCAGCAGGGAGGCCGGGCAGGCGUGGGCCGGGUGGCCCGUCACUGGGAGGACAGUUCUGGGGAGCAGCCUCGAGGAGGAGCUGGGGGCCGCGGCCGGAGGGGCCGGGGCCGGGGGUCCCCUCAUCUGUCUGGGGCCGGAGAUGCCUCAACUGCCGACCGCAAAUCCAAGGAGUGGGAGGAGCGGCGCCGGCAGAACAUCGAGAAGAUGAACGAGGAGAUGGAGAAGAUUGCGGAGUAUGAGCGCAACCAGCGGGAAGGCGUGCUGGAGCCCAACCCGGUGCGGAACUUCCUGGACGACCCCCGGCGACGCGGCGGGCCCCUGGAGGAGCCUGAGCGGGACCGCCGGGAGGGCAGCCGCCGGCACGGGCGCAACUGGGGGGGACCCGACUUCGAGCGGGUGCGCUGCGGCCUGGAGCAGGAGCGGCAGGGCCGCCGGGCCGGCCUGGCUGGCGCUGGCGACAUGACGCUGUCCAUGACGGGCCGGGAGCGGUCGGAGUACCUGCGCUGGAAGCAGGAGAGGGAGAAGAUCGACCAGGAGCGGCUGCAGAGACACCGCAAGCCCACCGGCCAGUGGCGGCGGGAGUGGGAUGCCGAGAAGACGGAUGGGAUGUUCAAGGAUGGCCCAGCCGCUGCCCUCGAACCAUCCCAUCGCUAUGAUGAUCAGGCCUGGGCUCGGCCCCCCAAGCCCCCCACUUUCAGGGAGUUCCUGUCCCAGCACAAAGCGGAGGUCAGCCGCAGGAGGAAGAAGGGUAGCCGAUCCCAGACCAAGGCAGCCCCUCGUGCCUACAGUGACCAUGACGACCGCUGGGAGACGAAGGAGGCAGCAUCCCCAGCCCCUGAGGCCCCACAGCCCCCUCCACCCGAGGAGACGCCCGUGCAGCCGCUGGAGACCCCAGCUCCUCCUGCCCACCGGCCUCCUGAGGAUGACGGGGAGGAGGACGAGGGGGAGGAUGAGGAGUGGGAAGAUGUGAGUGAGGAGGAGGAGGAGAUCGAGGAGGAGGAGGAGGAGGAGGGGGAGGAGGAGGAAGAGGCCAUCGAGGAGGAAGAAGAACCAGCCCAAGACCACCAACCCCAAGAGGCUGCGCCCACCGGAAGCCCCACCGGUGAGCAGGCUGACAAAGAGCCUUCCAGGCCAGAGGAGCCCCUGCCACUUCCCCCGGCCCCUGCCACGCCUUCUAGCCCCUUCUCGCCCCUUGGGGGCCACCAGCCCGUGUCUGACUGGGGUGAAGAGGCGGAGCUGAAUACUUCCCCCAACGCUGAUGCCCUCUCCCUCUCUCCGGGAGGUGACCAGCCAGCCCCUGCCUCCCUCGAGAGUGGGCCCUGCCUCCCAGGACCCCAGAAAGCUGAAGAGGAAGGGUCUGAGGCAGCUUCAGAGGCGGGCACUGAGGGUCAGGAGACCGCGGAGAUCACCGACUUCCAGAGGGCCUCCCCGAAUUCCUGAAGACGCUGCUGGGAGGGGACUGAAGCUUCCCCGCCUUGAUGGGGAGGGGGCGGCAGGAGGGGGUUAGUCUGGAUUUCCAGGCUGCGCUCUCUCCUCCCCGGAGACUGCUCUGGAUCCCAUGACUUUAGGGAGAGGGAGAAACUGAGGGUGGUGGGGAGGCGUUGGGGAAGGGGCGUGACUGGCUUAUGGGGCAGAGCUGGAGCUUCGGGGCGUUGAAUUUAGAUCUCUGGACGCGAAGUAAGGAUGAGGUGCCGUGAGGGGCGUGGCUAGGGUGCCUGGGCGGGGCCACAACUUUCGUGGGUGAGGUUGGGACAUAGGCGGGCCUUAGAUGUGGUAUGGGGCCGCGACAGCAGGUUUAGACGCGAGUUCUUAACGCGGCUGUGGGGGGCGGUCCUCGGUGGAGGGCGUGGUAAGUGCGGUGCUAGAACCAAUGGGCUGAGGCGGCGGAAAGUUGCGGAGCCUGGACUAGAGAGUGUGAAUCCAAGGAGAGGAGAGGAGAGGGUGGCUUCGAGUGCUAGAAUCGAGUGUGAUUCAGAGAAAGGCAAGUUAGAAGCGGGGAGGACCUGCGGCUAAGGCGGGGCGGGGUUUGUGAGGCUUGAACCUCGUAAGGGCUUGGGGCUCGGAGGCUGGGCUUCGAUGCCUGGGAGAAGUCUGUGUCCCGAAAGGGGACGGGGUUGGG